AUGCUCGUACUGCAUCAUAAUGAGUCCAGGAACUGCGCACUCCACGGAUUUCACCAGACCAAAAUUCCCACUCUGCGGUUUGACCAGCUGGCCAUAGUAGAAGUAAGAAAGCACUUCAAUCACAAUGCGGUGAGUUUGGUUUGCAUUUGCAAUGAUUCCGAUACAAGUCUCCUCGAAACUCUGGCUGAAGAUACUGAUAGCAUGCGACAGGAACGAAUUGUCUUGUGGAUACAAGCGAAUGUCACCCAGCAGCUACUUAACGAGAUUUCCAACCAAUCCGAGAAGCACGACUUUCUGUAUGUUAUAAUCCUGGAGGUGAAGGAUCAAUCUGAGCAAGCUGUCACUGUACGUCGCCUAGAACCUUUUCCCAGUCCCCGCUUUCGACGAAUGGGUAACAUAUUCGGACUCGAAAUGCCCCAUUUUCGUAAUAAGAUUAACUUCAAGGGAAAAACGGCAAACCUUCUUCCUAGUUCGGACCCGGGUCACAGAGUCUACGCACGCUUGACCCCUGAGGUUAAAGUUCCCAUAGGUCGCGUCCAAGACUUGGUAUUGCUGGAGUUCGUCAGAAGGUUUAAUAUUAGUACAAAAGUAGUGACUGACGACUUUUCAGGCAUUGUUGACUUUCGACUCAACUUGGUGUCCUAUGAUCAAAUGCCCAUCAAAAAUUUAAAUCCCUAUGAUAUAUCAUCCAUAAUGGUGGUCGUUCCCUGUGGCAAGGAUAGAAGUGUUGAGGAAGUGAUCAAACAACUGGAUGUGAAGUCCUGGCUACUGCACAUUGUGUUUGUCUACGGCAUCUUUGUGCUGGCGGAGACCUUCAUACUCGUGGUGACCUAUAAGAUAUCCGGCGAAGCCUAUCGAUUGACCAGUCUCAAUCCCCUGUUGAAUCUCCGUGCCUUCAGGGCCCUUCUGGGCAUGUCCUUUCCCAUAAGCCGCCGAUCAAGUCUCUCGCUUCGCCAGCUUUUCCUGUCAAUAAGCAUUUUUGGAAUGAUCUUCAGCAACUUCUUCAGCUGCAAGUUGAGUGCUCUUCUCACAACGCAUUCCGAAUAUCCCCACAUAAGAAACUUCGACGAUUUACGUGCUAGUGGUUUGACCGUCAUCGUGGACAUACAUCAACGUUUGCUCAUUGAAAGCCAACUAGGCACUGAUUUCUUAAACACAAAUUUGACAAGGGUCAAAUAUGUAAGGCAUGAAGAACGAGCUACACUUCAGCUUUCCCUUAACAACACGUACGCAUAUGUUUUGCUCUCGGAAGAGUGGCCGAUACUUAAAAACUAUCAAAAGCUCUUUGGGAAGAGUGUUUUCUGCAUCCCGAAGGACCUGACCAUCAUUCGAAGUCUUCCCAGAACGUAUAUAGAGCACAAGAACUCAGUAUUUUUCUGGCCAUUAUUCAAGUUUUCGAUUCAAAUCCAAGAGACCGGCAUCUUUGGGCAUUGGACUCGCUCUGCUCCCAACCACUUAAGGAAUGAUCUGAAUGUGAGCGUUGUUAGGAAGCCCAAUCAAAAGUUCGUUCCCCUAUGCCUCAAUCACUUGAAGUGGUUGUGGACCGUUCUAGGAUGUGGAUAUGGGCUCGCCAUGGUUGUUUUUAUAAUCGAAAUUUGCAUGGAAGGUCUGCACCGCAGACCUAGGAAUCAAGUCAUCGUGGAAUAA